CCACCUUCCAUUAAUUAAAAAUCAUUACUAAUUACUAAUUCCCAAAAUUUAUUCCAAUAAUUUUCAUCGUUACAAUACUUAACGGCUUUCCUUCCUCUUCCCUUUUAUAACUACUCAUAUACCAAACUUAGUUUUUCCUUUGUUCUUAUAAUCGUUCCUCCUCCCAUAUAUUCAUAUAAUAUAAUAUUAUAUUAUAUUCAUAUAUAAUCGCUAAUAGGAAGGCUUUCUUAGAAUACACGUUAUCAGUUUUCCAUAUCUUUGUUUCAUAUAAGCGGCGCCUCCUUGAAAAAGCUGCAAAUCUUUUUAUAUUUUCAUAAUUAAAUAUCUCAAAAAUAGAGUAUAUUUGUGUUUUCUAUAAAUAGGCAUAUACAGCAAGCAUGAUACGAACAAACAAAUAAUCUAAGUAGUAGAAUAAAGAAAGAAGAAAAAUGGGAGUGAAGAAGAAAGUGAUGGUGGUAGUGAGAGAGUAUGAAAAAGAAAGAGAUAGUAAAGAAGUAGAACAAGUUGAGAGGAGAUGUGAAGUGGGACCCAGUUGUAAAGUCUCCCUGUUCACUGAUCUUUUGGGGGACCCACUUUGCCGCAUACGCCAUUCUCCUGCUUUUCUCAUGCUGGUUGCCGAAGUAGUGGAAGAAGGAGAAGAAGGUGAAAAGGAAAAAAGAGAAAUUGUGGGAAUGAUUAGAGGAUGUAUAAAAACCGUUACUUGUGGUCAAAAGUAUCCACGACCUUCCAAAUCAACUCUUUAUGACCCUUCUAAACCUCUCCCUAUUUUCACCAAACUUGCCUAUAUCUUAGGCCUCCGCGUUUCCCCUUCCCACAGGAGAAUGGGAAUAGCGUUAAAAUUAGUUGACAAGAUUGAAGAUUGGUUUUGUCAAAACGGAGCUGAAUAUUCUUACUUAGCAACCGAAAGUGAAAACCAACCAUCAAUUUCUUUGUUCAAUCACAAGUGUGGUUACUCUAAGUUUCGUACCCCAUCAAUAUUAGUCCAGCCCGUUUUUGUCCACCGGGCUAAACUUUCAAGUCGGGUCAACAUCAUUCGGGUUCCUGCAACUGAUGCUGAAGCCCUCUACCGUAACAAAUUCUCCACUAUGGAAUUUUUUCCACGUGACAUCGACUGUAUAUUGCAUAAUCGUUUAAGUCUUGGCACGUUUAUUGCAGUCCCACGUGAGUCUCACGUGCUAAAGUCAUGGCCCGGGGCGGUUACGUUUUUAUCAAACCCGCCCGAAUCAUGGGCAAUCCUCAGUGUUUGGAAUUGUAGUGAUGCAUGGAGGUUGGAAGUACGGGGCGCUUCUCGGGUGGGUAAAGGAUUAGCUAAAACGAGUCGGGUCGUGGAUCGGGUUUUACCCUUUCUUAAAAUCCCAUCAUUUCCUGAAGUAUUUAAACCUUUCGGGCUUCUUUUUUUGUAUGGGCUUGGAGGUGAAGGCCCAAAAGCAGUAAAAUUUAUGAAAGGUUUAUGUGGGUUUGCACAUAAUUUGGCACAAGAAAAAGGGUGUAGUGUGGUAGCUACUGAAGUGGGGUCAAGAGAUCCGCUUAAGUUAGGAAUUCCACACUGGAAAAAGUUAUCGUGCGCUGAGGAUCUAUGGUGUAUAAAAAGACUUGGUGAAGAUUAUAGUGAUGGAAGUGUGGGUGACUGGACUAAGUCACCGCCUGGUGAAACUAUUUUUGUUGAUCCUCGAGAGUUUUAG